GUGUUCAGGGAGACCGUCUUGGAGGGGGAGCAAGGGACAAAUGUGGGAGCCCUCCAGGUGCUUCCAGGUUCUAGCCCAGGGGUUCCACGGGGGCCUGCUGGGAGCAGGGUCUUCCUCAGAGGCAUCCGGCUUGGAGCAGGCCAUGGCUCCCCUGGCUGGGACUGCUCACCCAGGUCACCCACCCCAGACCACCAGUGGGACCCUCUGUUUCCCCACCUCCUCAGCCCAAGUCCUUGCUUGAUGGAGCCUCUCGGCCCCUGAGCUGACCGCAGGUGCCCCACCCCAGGGUCCGAAGGGUGCCGCCUGAGAUGAGCUCCUGUCCCACCCCAGGACCAGGCCAGGGAGCCCAGCAGUAGCUGCUCUUAGUCACCAUCUUGUAGCACCUGGAAGUCGCUGCCGCUGCACCAACAUUCGCCAACCUGACGACAUUAGAUACGAACGCGGUCCACCCAGAAAGCGAGGAGGGCAUGGCCACCAAGGAGAAGUUGCAAUGUCUGAAAGACUUCCACAAGGACAUCCUGAAGCCGUCCCCUGGGAAGAGCCCAGGCACCCGGCCGGAGGACGAGGCCGAGGGGAAGCCCCCGCAGCGGGAGAAGUGGGCCAGCAGGAUCGACUUCGUGCUCUCCGUGGCUGGCGGCUUCGUCGGCUUGGGCAACGUCUGGCGUUUUCCCUACCUCUGCUACAAAAACGGCGGAGGCGCAUUUCUCAUACCAUACUUCAUCUUCCUGUUUGGGGGCGGCCUGCCUGUGUUUUUCCUGGAGGUAAUCAUAGGCCAGUACACCUCUGAAGGGGGCAUCACCUGCUGGGAAAAGAUCUGCCCCUUGUUUGCCGGCAUCGGCUAUGCCUCCAUCGUGAUCGUGUCCCUCCUGAACAUAUACUACAUCAUCAUCCUCGCCUGGGCCAUGUACUAUCUGUUCCAGUCCUUCCAGUCGGAGCUCCCCUGGGCCAAAUGCAACCACAGCUGGAACACACCCCAUUGCCUGGAGGACACCUUGCGGAAGAACCGGAGCCUCUGGAUCUCCAAUAGCACCACCAACUUCACCUCCCCUGUCAUCGAGUUCUGGGAGCGGAAGGUGCUGAGCCUGUCUUCCGGGAUUGACGAGCCGGGCGCGCUGAAGUGGGACCUCGCUCUCUGCCUCCUGCUCGUCUGGCUGGUCUGUUUCUUCUGCAUCUGGAAGGGCGUCAAGUCCACGGGCAAAGUCGUCUAUUUCACGGCCACCUUCCCGUUCGCUAUGCUCCUGGUGCUCCUCGUCCGUGGGCUGACGCUGCCCGGCGCGGGCGCAGGCAUCAAGUUCUAUCUGUACCCCGACAUCAGCCGCCUGGAGGACCCAGAGGUAUGGAUCGACGCUGGGACCCAAAUAUUCUUCUCCUACGCCAUCUGCCUGGGGGCCAUGACCUCGCUGGGGAGCUACAACAAGUACAAAUACAACUCCUACAGGGACUGUAUGCUGCUGGGAUGCCUGAACAGUGGUACCAGUUUUGUGUCUGGCUUCGCAAUUUUUUCCAUCCUGGGCUUCAUGGCACAAGAGCAAGGGGUGGACAUUGCUGAUGUGGCUGAGUCAGGUCCUGGCCUGGCCUUCAUCGCCUACCCGAAAGCCGUGACGAUGAUGCCACUGCCCACGUUUUGGUCCAUCCUUUUUUUCAUCAUGCUUCUCUUGCUUGGACUGGAUAGCCAGUUCGUGGAAGUGGAAGGACAGAUCACGUCCUUGGUUGAUCUGCACCCAUCCUUGCUAAGGAAGGGUUUUCAUCGGGAGAUCUUCAUCGCCUCCAUAUGCUGUGUCAGCUACCUGCUGGGGCUGACCAUGGUGACGGAGGGCGGCAUGUACGUCUUUCAGCUCUUUGACUACUAUGCAGCGAGCGGUGUAUGCCUCUUGUGGGUGGCGUUCUUUGAAUGUUUUGCUAUUGCCUGGAUAUAUGGCAGCGAUAACUUCUACGAUGGUAUUGAGGACAUGAUCGGCUACCGGCCGGGGCCCUGGAUGAAGUACUGCUGGGCCGUGGUCACCCCGCUUCUCUGUAUCGGGUGUUUUGUCUUCUCUCUCGUCAAGUAUGUACCCCUAACCUACAACAAAGUCUACACGUACCCCACCUGGGCCAUCGGGCUGGGCUGGUGCCUGGCCCUGUCCUCCAUGCUGUGUGUCCCCCUGGUCAUGGUGAUCCGCCUCGGCCAGACCGAAGGGCCCUUCCUCGUGAGACUCAAGUACCUGCUGACCCCGAGGGAACCCAACCGCUGGGCCGUGGAGCAUGAGGGGGCCAUGCCCUACAGCUCACGCCUGGCCCUCAACAACACGCUCAGGAAGCCCACCCACAUCAUCGUGGAGACCAUGAUGUGAGCGCUCUCCGGCGGACGGGCUGCUCUCCCGCUGUUUACUAACAUUAGAUUCUCGUAGGGCCAGGUUUACAGAGCUUUACAUUUGCA